AGACAAGAAAUCCAUGGGCAUGAAAUGCUUCGCUGAUUUCAACAAUGGAAGAACUGGUGAAAUUGGUGGCAUCUACGCUGUUCCAACAACAAAGUUGAGCGAUGUAUCCCAUGGGUUGACACAAGCAAAGUGGCCUCAUAGCGCGUUCAACGGUAUCCCAAGCAAUGAGGCUUUCGGCCUCCUCAGAGAUUACCUUGUGGUCCCUCCAAUGCUGACAAAGGCAAGGGAGUGUAACACAUUCCUGAAUGAACUGAUCACUCAACUGGUAGUGCGUUUUUGUCAGCCACAAAAGAGCAGCCAGUUCAGUGAAGAAACGGGGAUUGGGAGGUAUGAGUUUGUGGGUUGCUUCAAGUUCCUUGCGGAAGUCCACUGCCAUUCUGUCAACUUCCAAGUUCUUCUUUCCCCACAAGCAGUAGGCGCUCUGAUCCUGAAGGAGACCCGGAGUUUGACAUCUGAUAACAGUGCCACCAGUGCCAUCCUUUGCAAGGAGCUGAAUGGCGGCGGUGCCAAGCUCAUCUUUUAUGACACGUCACUGAUGACUUGGAGACGUCCCUGGGUCAAGGCAUUGGCUAAGGCAGCUUCAUCACCCUGUACCUCAAUCUCAUCGGGGACCCAGCCAUGGUAUUUGGUGCAGAGGUCAGCAGGACUUGCCAGACCGUGA